AUGACAAGGGAGCUGUAUGACAUACUCGAGAACCGUUGCGGUCUCAUGAAGUUGGAUAUCCCGGUCAUGGUUGGGUCCGGUCAUGGUGAUUUUGCUGAGUACAAUGGAUUCGUUUAUGCCUCAGUAGGGUUCGAAGAAAAACCAACUGUUCUUGUGAUAAUUCAUGGUAGUGGAGCAGUACGGCCUGGACAGUGGUCGAGAAGACUGAUACUGAACGAAAGUUUAGAAACUGGCUCACAGAUUCCUUAUAUUCAACGUGCACUAAAGAAUGGAUGGGGUGUUAUUGUUUGCAGCACAAAUACAGACGAAGAGUAUUAUCCUUGUCGACAUCUUUGCGCUGUGUACGAUCAGUUGCUGAGGGACUCAACGGCUGUGAGAUUCUUCGUAGUCGCUCAUAGCCGCGGAGGCCCAGACUUCGCUAAUGCGUAUUCGCAUUUCAAAUAUGAGGAUCGGUUUGCCGUAGUGUGUUUGACCGAUUCGGUAGAUUUCCAAAUACCGCACUCUGAUUCAACUGAGCCACCGAAUGGAGGACCCGUGUUCAUCAACUGGAAGGCUGACAGCAAGUUCCAACAGACAGCGUUGUCCGAUGAGGAGAUCUUGAAUGUAUACAGUCAAAUUCAUCACAUAUACGCCGGAACAGCCCAACUAUUCCUUGUAGCUACUAUUCAGGGAGAUUAUGGUGAAUAUGCUGAAAUGGAUGCAAGACUGGAGUUAUGGAAAGCUAAAGUCAACAUUCCACAACAACUACAGCUGCCGGAAAAGUGA